CUUUUGACAGCGAAACAUGGAACCGAGAGCGGCGCUCGCCGUAGUUCUGCCCUUACUGCUACUACUACUGCUGCUGCAAUGUUCAUCUAUGUCUCAGGCAAAGACUGCGUGCGUAGACGUCAACAACAACGCAGUCGACUGGUUUAUCAUGUUGAAGCUGCCUGUGACCAAACACAGUAAGGAUGCAGGCUUCGCUGCCGGCGUGGGAUACGUGUACAUGGACGCCAACGUACCGAAGUGGCGCAAAUACGUCAAGUCCCUCAACGACUCCGACAACCCAGUCGGUUUACUCUUCCAGCAGUUACAAAGCAAUGCAAAAUCGGAGGAUUUCAUGCACAUCCUGUACAAUGAUGAAUUGCCUGAGGGACCAACAACCGAACAUUACGGACACACAAAAGGUUUUCUCGGGUUCGACCGAGACUCCGGCUUCUGGCUGGUGCACAGCACGCCAAAGUUUCCCGGCUACACGAACGCCACCUACUACUGGCCGCACAACGGGCGGCGUAACGGGCAGAGCUUCCUCUGUGUCACAUACGCUUACAGCACCCUCGGCGAAAUCGCGACCCGCCAGCUGCUCUAAACCUACCCCGUGGUGUACGACAG